AUGGCGACGCGCGGACAAGUGUCACCGGUACUGCUGGAGAACGGCGUGCCCCUCGUGCCGUACAUCCGCAGCGACGUGCUGUACCGGAUCGUGCUGGGCUCGGACGUGCUGGCGCUGCACAAGCUGCUGCUCGUGUUCUCCCGGUACGGCCGGCUGUCGCAGCAGCUGCGGCGCAUCCGAGACACGCGGACGGUGACGCGCAUGGCCGAGUUCUCGUCGCGCUCGCUGCGCGCGGCCACCGCCUCGGUCAACGACGUGGCGUGGCUGCUGUACGGCCGCAGCAAGGGCCGCCUCUGCCAGCACCAGCCGGCGGCGGUGCGUGCGGCCGUUCGCGGGCUGGCUGAGGACGCCUUCCUGCUCAACCACCCGGCCUGCCUCAGCUACCAGCUGCUGCAUGGCCAGCGGGUGGACCGAGAGGACACGGGCAAUGUGGAUUCGUUCGUGGAGACGCUCACUGACAGCGGGCUGGUCGGCUUCGGUCUGUUCAGUGACGAGUACCACUAGGUGGCCGAUAUUGUGGCUGCGAUCAGCGAAGAUGGCGGAGAUCUUGGAUGGUGUCAUGCAUUAGUGUACAACCUGGUGAAAACCCGGCGGUGCUUUCAACAGCGCAAGCCCCCGUUCAAAUGUGUGUUUCGUAUUCUUCUUGACGCAGAUUAACGCACUAGUUUUAGCCGUAUUAUCUUCACUCGCAGCGUGUCAGCAAGCCUGUUCGCCGUGCAAGGUGCUCCGCGGCACUGCUGGGUUUGGUAUUGGUGUGCUCGCUCGGCGUACGUGGGAGAACAUACCGGCUGUGUCCGGCCCCAUCCCCCGACCGCCGGCGGCGUCACCGUUCUCACUUGACUUGCACUCUCCCGGUGCUCUGUAAAUAGGUGGCGAAUGAGUGGCGAAACGUCCAGUGCCGUGACUACGCUAGUGCGUCGAUUGCGCGAGCGUAACUGACGCUCGUUUGCUGUCUACGUCGUAGGAUGCAGCUUUCGUGCAGAUGCGAUGUUUUAUGAAAAUGUCAUCAUCUGAUUAGGAAGUGUGUGUGAUGAAGCAGACUUUCCGCUCUGAUGCAUCAGCUGCGAUGAAUGUUGGACAUACUGAGAUCACCCAGUAACACACAGCCUGCUAGAUUUCAGUGCGUAGUUUCGCAAUGGAAAUGGGAGGGAGCUGAAGAACUCAUUGGCGGUGGUGAAUGUGCUGUUCCACUCAUAACUCUGUGCUGCUCUACAAACCAGCGCUUGACGUGCAUUUUUAGCCAAAUACAGGCUGUUUUAGGUCAGAGAAGAUGCUACUAACCAUUGGCAGAAAUGUUGCCAGACUUGACAUUUGAAAUACACCGUGAUUAGCA